CACACAUCGCACACAUCGCACACAUCGCACACAUUCCGCCAUGUCGCUUGAGAACACCCCGCAGAGAUCCCUCCCGAGAAAGGACAUUCUUCAGAUCUUUUCCACCAGGGCCAGGCCCCUGAACGUCUGUGCCCCCAUGGUCCGUUACAGCAAGCUACCCUUCCGAGAGCUUGUGCGGAGGUACAACUGCGAUAUCGUGUACACGCCCAUGAUUCUUGCAGACGUCUUCUCUGCCAGUAACUACUCCCGCGAAUGCGAGUUCUCCACCAACUUACUGGACGAUCCUGUUGUGAUCCAAUUUGCAGCCUCAACCAGCGUUGACCUGGCCAAUGCUGCAGAAUUAGUAGCGCCCUAUGUAUCAGGCAUCGACAUCAAUUGCGGUUGUCCGCAAAAAUGGGCUGUCAACGAAAAGAUUGGUUCGCACCUGAUGUCGGACCCGGAAACGGUGCGCGAUAUGAUCCGCAUGACCAAGGCUCGAAUCGAUGUACCAUGUUCGAUCAAGAUUCGUAUUCAUAAGGAUCUCAGGGAAACGGAGGAAUUUGUGAAGAGAGCAUUGUCGGUUGGAGUAGAUUUCAUCACCGUUCAUGGAAGGACGCGGAGACAAAAAUCGACAGAGCCGGUCAGUAUAGAGGGCAUGAAGCUCGUAAAAGAAGUCUCCACAGUGCCUGUUCUGGCAAACGGAGAUGUUUUCUCAAUAGACGAUGCUAACAUGAUUGUCGAGGCAACCGGCGUCGAUGGCACCAUGGCUGCGAGAGGCAUUCUAGAGAAUCCUGCUUUGUUUGCAGGCCAUACAACUACACCUUGGGAAUGCAUCGAAGAUUAUGUGGACCUAGCCCUAUCCUAUGGAACAAACGCAUUCAUCUUUCACCACCAUCUGAUGUACAUGUUUGAGAGGAGCAUGAGUAACGCCGAGAAAAGAACGUUCAAUUCGUUGAUGACAGUAUCCUCUAUCAUUGACUAUUUGCAGGAGAACUAUGAUCUGGACAUUCCUAGAAGGCGGGCCGAGUGUGCAUAUCAGACAGUGAGGCAUGGUGCAGCAUAGUUCUCGUAGCAAUAGCCAAUCGUUAUAU